AUGGUUGUUUUAAAACGUAAAGAAAAAAUAUCUUUUUCUUGUUUAUCAACAGAAGAGACAACCAGAGAAGCUGCUAGACGUCGUCUUUAUGCUAAAGAUGCAAAAAAUACAAUUUAUGUUGAUGGAGCGCAUAUGUUGAAUGCUCCAACCAGUCAAUAUAUCUUAUCAUGGACAAAAUUUUUUUUAUUAACAAUUGUUUUAUUUUCAAUAAUUUUUGAUAAGAAUAUAGCUGAUGAUAUUAUAGGAUACAUUGCUUAUUUUAAUUAUGGUUUAUUUUGUUUAACAAUAUUAAUUUAUGUUACUAUGCUUUAUAGAAGAAGUCACGUUGAUGAAGAAAGUGAUUUAGUAGGAAAUAUUACAUUUAUUAGUUUAAAAACAGCAAAAGAAGCUUAUGUAUUUUUAUUAUCAUCUCAAUUAUGGAUAUCAAUAUGGUAUUUCUAUAUUUUUGAUAAUACACCUAAAAUUUGUAAAAUGCCAAAAAUUAAAAAUACUGAAGAAUAUGUAAUAGAAAAAUUAAGAGAAUUUAUUUGUAAUAUAGACGUAGCUAAUUAUUAUAUAAUAAUUAGUAUAAUUACUAUUACAUUAUAUCAAAUAGGUAGAUUUGUAAUUAUUAAAAGACUUUAA